UGUGUUGAUGUUAUUCAUAUUGACAAUUCAACUACAAAGUGCUCGCCUUGUUGUGGUCCACGCCGGUUGCAGCUGUUGUUUUUUGUGGUCAAUACUAGACAACGUCGUAGAAAUAGUGCCGUGAAUUUAUCCAGACUGAGUGCAGAUAAUCCGAAAUAGUGAAAUGGUCCAGUGUGAAGAAUUGAAAGAUGACGAUCGGCCGUCAAACACGCUGGAAUAUUUCUCCGAGCUAUCGGAAGUUCUGGGUAUGAUUGACGGCCUCAAGGAGUGUUCGGAUUCGUCCUUUGAGAAAGAAUACGAGAAAUUUUCGGAAAUACUAUCUAGGUAUCAAGAACAGCCCCAUUUACUAGAUGCCCACUUAGACGUCCUUAUCCAAAAGCUUCUGGAUUUAGUGCGAUCUCCUCAAAGCCCAGAAUCUCUUGUUCAUCGAAGUUUCAAAUAUUUGUAUACAAUUUCGAAAGUUCGCACCUACAAAGCUUUGGUUAAGUUCUUGCCUCACGAACUAACUGAUUUAGAAUUCGCCUUAGAUCUGCUUGAACGCCAGGAUCGCAAUGAUUCGGAAAACUGGGAGACACGAUACAUGCUCAUAGUUUGGAUGUCAAUAUUAGUUCUCAAUCCAUUCCAUAUGUCACGACUGGAUGCUUUCCCCAAUUUAUCUGAAACUAAAGGAUUAGAUCAACCAAAGUCAAAAAUGGAACGAAUCUUCGAUCUGUGCAAAGAGUACGCCGAACUUAACGAUACUUGUUCGUCAGUUGCAGCAUUUCUUGCGGCGAAGUAUUUCAUUCGAGCUGAUAUUAAGGAUAUUUUCUUGGAGAAAUAUUUGAACUGGGUAAUGGAAAAUCAUAAACCAUCCACGAUAGAUGCAAAAUAUGGUGCACUUGCUUCAGUUGCAACAAUAUUGAAACAUGGAAAACGAGAGGAUUUGCUUCCAUAUGCAGAUCCGAUCCUUAAAUGGAUUCUACUCUGCAAUUACAAAACAAGUUCUGACUUUCUUAAAUAUAAAUAUUAUGUGAAAAUUGUUCAGAGGUUGGGUUUGGUCUAUUUGAAGCCAAGAUUGGCUGCCUGGCGAUAUAAGAGAGGAAAGCGAUCGUUAGAAGCCAAUUUGAUGCGUAACAGCAACAGCACACAUCAACUUGAAUUCAGCAAUGAAAUUAUUGAGGAAGAAGGAGACGAGGAAGAGAUUUUUGUACCCGAUACAAUUGAAGAGAUUAUCGAGGAGUUAUUACAAGGUUUGCGUAGCGCCAGUAGUGAUAUAAGAUGGAGUUCUGCAAAAGGACUAGGACGUGUCACAAAUCGUUUACCAAAAACUCUUGGCGAUGAAGUCGUUGGGUCUGUAAUCGACAUUUUCGAUCCGUUAGAGCCGCACGAAGCUUGGCAUGGAGCCUGCCUUGCUAUUGCUGAACUGGCAAAACGUGGUUUACUGCUGCCUUAUCGGUUAAAAACAAUGGUACCAAUAUUAAUGCAGGCACUGGUUUAUGACGAGAUGAGAGGUUACAUGUCGGUAGGACAACACAUACGCGAUGCAUCUUGCUACAUGUGCUGGGCGUUUGCACGGGCUUAUGAUGUUUCUGAUUUGCAACCGUUCAUAAAUCAAAUCGCUACGGGAUUGCUAACGACAGCUGUAUUUGAUCGUGAAAUAAAUUGUAGACGAGCCGCAGCGGCUGCUUUCCAGGAAAGUGUGGGAAGAUUAGGAAAUUUUCCGCAUGGAAUUGAUAUAUCCACAACUACGGACUUUUAUACAGUUGGCCUACGUUCGAAUUCAUUUCUGCAAAUCAGUGAUUUUAUUGCACAAUAUGAAGAGUAUACGAAACCAUUGAUUAACCAUCUCGUUGACAAGAAAAUAAAUCAUUGGGAUACAGCUAUUCGAGAGUUGACUGCGAAAGCAUUACACAAUUUGACAAAGAGGGCGCCUGAAUUCAUGGCAUUAGAGAUUUUGCCGAAAUUAUUUUCUGCCACAGAUGCGAUAAAUAUCAACACCCGGCAUGGUGCUGUUCUGGCCAUAGGGGAAAUAGCUUUAGCAUUAAAGAAUUUAGAAAUAGAACAUGCCACGCCGAAUAAAUACCUAUCCAAUGUCAUAGUAAAUGAUCUUAACAACUUGGUUGCAAAGUUUCAAGAACGUGAUCAAUUCAGAGGAAUGAGUGGAGAAAUUAUGAAACAAUGCUGUAUUGAUUUCAUAGCGAAUUGCAGUCGCGCAAUAAUUCCUGCCAGUGAUAAAUGCAUUGAAUCCUGGCAACAAAUCAUCGACAAAUGCAUCAUUAAUAAGAGCGCACAAAUUCGCGAACCCUCCACAAUAGCUCUCGGUUUAUUUUGCAAUGCUUACUACACUCCAGAUCAAAAAAUCAUUCAAAGAGAGCAAAUAGUUGAAAAUUACAUUCAAGGAUCUGUAAAUGAUCUCGAAGAACAUAUCCGCAUGGGAUACCUCAGUGGGUUAGGAGCAUUCCCUGACUUCAUGAUCAAACCGAAACUUGAAUUAGUAAUAAAUACAUUAAUCGCCCAUUCAUUGCUCCCAUCCGAUGUUCCACGUGUCCUCGAUCCAACGGAUAAGUUUGUUAAAAUAGAGAAUGAAAAUCCUAUUACGAACGGAUGGUCGGAAUCAAGACGAGAUAGUAUUAAGGCACUAUCAAACGUUGUUCAAACCAUUGGAUUUGCGUUGAAUGAUCCACACUCAAUUGCAAAUUCAAAACUUCUGGAUAAAAUUUUUGCAUGCUACCUUCGAGCUCUCGAAGAGUAUACAAUUGAUGACCGCGGUGAUAUUGGGGCGUGGGUUCGAGAGGCGUCUAUGUGUGCACUCUCUAAUUUGGUAACAAAUUGUCCACACAACUUGUUAGAAUCAAAUUUGGUCCAUGAAGUCAUGACAAAAUUCGCACAACUUGCGGUUGAGAAAAUAGAUCGUACUCGAGGAUUGGCUGGAAAAUUAUUCUGUAAUUUAGUUCAUGCAAAACCCGAAAUUCCAUACAUUCGCAAUCAUGAUAAGCUGCGGGAGAUUAUGCCAGAGGAUAGCUCGAACGUCUUAUGGCUUUUCGCAGAUCACACUUUUCCGUUGUUUUGUUCAAUGUUAGCAUUACCUGAAUAUUCGCAGCGGAUACUUUUAGGACUUAGUGCUAGUAUCGGACAAUUGACAGAAUCUUUGAUAAAAUACUCAUCCACAUCACUAUUCCAAUUUUUACGAUCUCAUCCGAAUGAAAUCCCGCGAAUUUGUAAAGAAAUAAUUAAAGUAUUUGAGGAAAACUCUAUGAAUGAACGUGUUACCUAUCCAAUGCUUAAUUUCCUAGACAUCCUAUUAAGUUCAGGAACCAUAAAUUCCGUCCUUAUGGACGACAAUUCAAACUUCGCAGAUGAAAUAUUCCGUUUAGUCAACAUCGAAGUGAAGGGACAUAAGAAACUCUACAAAAUGAUAUCAAGUAUAAAUGUGUUUGCACAACUAAUUCAAGUACCACGUUUAUGUACGAAGGUUUUCUCGAAAAUGUCCUUAUUUUUGGGGUUAACUCAUGUUCACAUUCGAAAAACCACGGCAACGAAAUUGUAUGAAGGUUUAGUUUUACAUGGUGAUGCUUGUGGGAUAUCCGAGGAAAAUUUGGAUCAAGCGUUGGCGCUGCUUUCGGAGGUUGACUGGGGUCAGUCAUUGAAUGAAAUUCGUCCAAUACGAAAUGAAUUGUGUAACUUAAUCGGAAUCAAAGCUCCAGUCAGCGCUGCUACAGUAGCUGCAGGAACAGCUAAGUAAUUUAUUGGUCGAAUGUUUGUGAUAAUUUUACUAUAAGUGCUGAAUUGAAUCUUUGAUCAAAAUUUUUUUUACACGCCCUAGACAUAAAGCAUUUAAUUUCACAUUUAAGAAAUUCGUAUGUAUUUUAUAUUGUUAUCCUAAACAUUAUAAUAAAGUAUUUAAUAGAGCUUCAAA